AGGGAAAAAUAACGCAGGCGGCGCGUCCCCGCCAUCGUAGCUGAACGCAGAGGCAGCGGAGCCAAGAGGUGGGAGAAGCCAGAGCUCCAGAGCUGGGGCGCUCCCUACCCGCAAGAGAGACGCGUUUCGUCCGUCGUCGCUUCCCGCUACCAACUGUUCUGAAGCCAGGCGCAGGAGCAGCCGAGCCGAAUUCCUGCGCAGCAGAACCUCGUGCUAGCGGAAAGCCGCUCUCCGCCCGGCGUUCCCCGAGUGCUGCUUCUUCGGGUACUCCAUAGCUGUCCAACCAUACACUGAUGCAUUUUGCAUAACAAUGCUUUGUUUGGCAAAAUAACCAGGCAAUAUUUUCAACUGCUGAAUUCUUCAGUUCAAUAACAGAGAAGAUGGAAGAAACCAUUGAGCUUUCACCUGAGGGAAACUCUCUGAUAAAAGCUGUUUAUCAAAGAAGACUACGUCUCACAAGAUUAUUAUUAGAAGGUGGGGCUUAUAUUAAUGAAAGCAAUGACCGUGGUGAAACUCCUUUAAUGGUUGCCUGUAAGACAAAGCAUGUGGACCGUCAAAGUGUUAGCAAACUCAAAAUGGUGAAAUACCUUCUGGAAAAUAAAGCAGAUCCAAACAUACAAGACAAAACUGGAAAGACAGCUUUGAUGCAUGCAUGCUUGCAGAAAGCUGGACCUGAAGUGGUUUCUUUACUGCUUAAAAGUGGAGCUGACGUAAGUCUGCAAGACCAUUCUGGUAAUUCAGUUCUAGUUUACUCAGUAAACUCAGAGGAUAAGGAAACCCUCAAAGUUAUUCUAGAUGCUUGCAAAGCAAAAGGGAAAGAAGUCAUCAUCAUUACAAAAGAGAGGUCUCCAUCUGGAAGGCAAAGAACAAGGCAGUACUUAAAUGUGCCUCCACCUGAUGUGGAUGAUUCUCAUUAUCCAAGUUCUUGCACUUCUCCAUCAGAAGUAGAAGUUAAAACAGCUCUGUCUCCAACAACAAACUCAGAAGAAACAGAAAAGGCUCUGUUUAACUUUAAAGAUCCUAAUUGCCCUGGAAAAAAGGAAGAUGUGCCCGAACCACACUCUCCUUUAAGGAAACCACAAAUGGGACCUCAAAUGCAGCACCUGUAUUCUGAACCUUGGAUGAAACCUUCUACCUCGGUCUUAGAUCAGAAUAAAAUAUCGUCUUUACAAGAAGACCUUCAAGAUAUAACUCCAGAGGAAGAAUUGUUUCUUAAACUCAAUAAUCUAGCCUUAUCUAAGAGAUUUAUUACUAGACAUCACAGCAUUGAUAUAAAGGAUACUCUUAAUUUCCUGAAAAACUUUGAGCAAACUGCCUCAAGAAAAAUGUCAUGUGAUGAGAUAAAUUCUAAUUCACUGUUUGGCGAAACAAAUCAGACUGAAGUUCCCACUGAGCAAAAUCCAGAUUCAGCUCAAAUGAGCUUUGUUUCCACACUGGAAAGCAUUGUUCAGAGGAGAAGUCUGGGUGCAAAUCACUACAGUUCUGAUUCACAGUUAACCACAAGUUUGAGACCUCUCACCGAAGACAGCAAAUUACUUUUAGGGAAGAAGAAACUUCUCUCCCCUUCUCCAUCAUUGUCAUCAAGUUCCAGAGAAUUAACUGAAAAUAUGCCUCCCAGUUUCCUGAGCAGGAGAAAUCAUACUAUUUUAGAAAGACGAGGUUCCGAUCAUACUGCCCUGGCUAGACCUGGUUUCCUCCCCCCUUUAAAUCCUCAUCCCAUAAUUCCAGAUGUUUACAAGAUUAAUGCAAUGGUUUCUUGUGGACAAAAAACCCUAAUCCCAACUGCACCCAUUUUCCCCAAGGACUUAAAAAGUAAGACACUAUUGACAAGGAGGCAGUCACUACAAACAGAGCAGAUCAAGCAGCUGGUGAAUGUUUAGCUGAAUAUCAGGCAACAAUGGUAAACAACUUGUAUAUAUGGACAGUACUUUUCUUUGGGAACAUGAGAGUUGGCUGCACAAGGAUCUUGGUAGCAGUAGUGCUGCAGUUCAGUUUCAUCAACUCACUAUUCAACUCUGUUGAGAUGCUGCUGGGAAAAUGGUGUCCUUGUUGGUUGCAGAUUAUGUAUACUACGGAAAAUUGCUGCCUUCAUCAUAGAUUCCAUAAUAACAAUAAGAAACUAUGGUUAAGAUUCUUCAUUCUCUGCACAAAGAAUACAAAGUAGAAUUUUCUGAGGAGGAAUUAGUUCAGUCUUUGAUAAUGAGUCUAUUGGUGCCUUAUCUACAGUGUGUGAUUAUUUCUGAACAGCUAUUACAUGACUAAGUUAUGUGCAAUGCUCUAGAGAAUUGGACUCUACAAUGACAAAAUCCCAGUGUUCUAACCCAGUGUUCUGAAGCCCAUUUACUUCAAUAGGCUUAGUCAUGCCUUAUUCUGUGUUAGAUUGGGGAUAGUGUCUAUUAUCCUUAUGUCAAAGUGAUCUUUUUAGAGGGUUAUAAAUAGCUAAGGAGAGCUGAAUGAAUAUUGAGGAAAAAUUACAUAGAUUUAGUAACUUGAAAAAAGGAAACGUAUGAACAAAUGAAUAUACAGCAACAUUUUAAACCAACUACAGAUCCAACUGAUAACCAAUAGAAAAGUUGGCUUAAAACCCAUGUUUUUCCAGUUUUACAAAAGAAAUGUUAUAUUCCUAUAUAAUUUUCUGAAGACUUUGAUGCUGCUCCAUCUAGAAUGUUUUUUUAUUUUAAAAUAUCAUGGAAGUGAUCAGAACAGCCAAUACCAUUUUGUCGAAUUACAACAUUUUUAAAAUCUAGCUUUCUACCGUUUUUGCAUUAUUCUCAAACAUAUUUUCCUCUGUUAGCAUUCUUGAACUUCUGCAGAACUUUACGUACAUGAGGUUGAGGAAUUUGUGACAAUACUUUGUUUUAAGUGUUGGGACUGCAAUCUUACAUAUGUAGAAGAAAGCAUGGUUGGGCUCAAUGGCAAUUAUUUCUUAGACAUGCACAGGUUGCUCUGUAAAUAAUGGAAUAUUCAUAUGCUGGUGAAACUUUGCCAUGAGAAAAGAAGAUUGGAGGGAGCUUCUGCAAUCCAGUGCAUGCCUAGAGAGAAGAAAAUCCUGGAACUACUGGCAUGUAGUGGCUGGGUCAUGCUGGAAGUUGUAGGAUGUUUUCCCUGUCUAAAUAUGCACCCAUAAUGUUUCAGGUAAGAUCUUAAUUGGGGACACUUUGAUUCACAAACACUUUGUCCUUGCUAUUUGAUGUAUCUGGAAGUACGCCCUAUUCUUCAUGCUACGAGUGUGCCUUCCCUUCUUUUUUCCUUUAAAGCCUCUCAGUUAAACAUGCAGGAGUCUGAAGAGGGGCUGCGGAAAGAAAGAGCAAGGGAGUGAGAUGAAACUCUCAUGACUCAAGCAGCUGCUCUGUUUCCACUGCAUUGGCUAGGAGCUCUUCUGUUAACUGCACAUGCUUGUAUACAGGCUUUUCCCUGUGUGAUUUUUCUCCUACAAACAUACGUGUAAAAUGUAAAUGAGAUUUUCGAGAAGCUGAUGUGCAUUUUCUUUUGAGGUAUGCAGGGGAGAGGAAUCUCCUAGAGAAUGCAAAGGCAACUGCUACCAGACUAUCAGAUGCAGCAGAGACAAGCCAGAAAGGAGCAAAGAGGAGAAAUGCAAGAUAGAGAGCUGUUCUGCAUGGUCAACUAUUUAAGCCAUGGUGGGCUGCAGUGUAGGUGGGCUGCUUUAUGGAAUGGUCAAACCAUCACUCCAGCUUGUCAUGUUGAGCUGGCAAAGGUGAGAUGGUUAACAAGCCACCUACAGCUCUAAAACAACCCACGCGUCUGGGUGAUGUGUUAAGAAUCCUUUUUCACUGGGUUGGAUGUCAUAACAAGUUGUAAACUGAAUAUUCAAAAGUCACUCAGCAGAUUCUGCAACCUACUGUGGUUUAAAUAACCUCACUGACAAAACCCACUGUGACAGUGAAUGUGCAAAACCAGUCAGUAUGUUUAUCAGGGACAGUAUGUGGAGAUGUUCCUCCCACGGUCCUUCGAAUUGAGAAAAGAAAAAACCACUUUGAGUCUCCACUGCAAGUCAAGUGCAACAUGGAUAGAAAUCCACAUCUUCCUCUUCCUUUUGACUACAGUUAUCCUGGCCACGUUCCAGUUCUAGCUGUGUGUAGCUAGCUGAUACGACAUCAAAAUACAAACCCUGUCAGCAUCGUGACAAGGAUGGGAAUGUUCACACCCAUAAGCACCUGCAUCUAUAUUAUCUGCAGAAAGAAAGCUGCUUCUUGAGAUAGACUUGCUGGAUUGUCGUUCAGCCACAAAGUUGUGCCUGACUCCUCGUGUCCCCAUUGACAACAUUCCUCCUCCCUGGAUUGAUGCAGCCGCUUUUUUACAACAUACACGUGAUGAAAGACAGCUUUGUUACUUACUUGUGUUUUAUGGGAUGCAAAAAGAGCACCGUUAAUUGUAAAUGUUAUCAUUAACUUUUCUGAUCAGAAUAGUUCCUGCAAGGAAACAUUCAUCAAAAUAUCUGUACUGCUUGAUAACUGGCACUGUCUGGCUCUUUAAAAAAUGUAGAUUUCAA